UCCCAUUCACUCUGCUCUUUUAGUAAAAACUUUGAUUGCACAAAAUAUAUAAGCCCUUCACUCUCCCAACUUUGAUAUCUUCAUCAUUAGAAAUGGCCUCUUUUUGGUCCCAUAUAGUGUUUCUCAUUAUGGCUUUCAUGGCCUCACCUCUGCUUUCCUUUCAUUCAAAAGCCUCCUCUGCCUCAUCUAGCGUCUCAGCUUCACCAGCAUUCUUGGUUACCAAUCUUCCUCCAUCUUUACAAGGAUUGCCUCCAGAAAUAGCUCCACUUUUGCCAUCUCCUGGUCCUGUGGUUCCUGCUACUCCAACUGAUUCAUCUAUCCCCACCAUUCCCUCCAACCCUAGCCCUCCGAAUCCGGACGACUUGGUUUCUCCUGGCCCCUAUUCUUCACUCUCACCAUUUGGGUCAUUGCCAGCUUCCUCAGCAGCAUCUAUAAGCUUAAUUUGGCCUUUAAAGCUGGCUGCUUUUGCAGGUUUAGCCGCAUAUGUAGUCUAUGCAGCUUCUUAGGGUGUAUGUCUUUUCUGGGCUACGAGAUUCAAUUGUCAUUGUUUGUAGUUAGUACCUCAAAAUGGGAUGGAGUGAAACCAUCUAAUAUAUAUAUGUAUAGUCCUACUUCCAUCAUAGGUUAGAGAGUUUGUAAUUGAUUAUGUAAGUGGUUAAAGAAAAUUUAUCAUAGUAUCCGAGGUUUUAUGUUCGAUUUUCUCUUCUGUAUCACGAACGUCAAAGGACUUGUAAGAACAUUAAUCCCCGUGCCAUCCCACAAGGGAAAAGUACAACACCAAAAAAUA